UGGCGGCGGCGGGGUGAGCCGGGCGGCCCUGAGUCACCGGCGCGCCCCCGCCCAGCCUCGCGCCGCCCCCGCCGCCGCCGCCGCCGCGUGUGCGCCCCGCUCCGCCAGCGCCCGCUCGGUUGCUCAUGGGCAGAGGAGCAGAGGCCGCGGAGAGGCCCCCGAGCGCGCGGUGCCCCAGCUGGGCCGGAGCUAGGAGCCGGACCUUGCCCACCCACCCCCGGCAGCAGUGCCCGGGCAGGCUACGCCAUGGCCUUCUCCCAGGUGCAGUGUCUGGACGACAACCAUGUGAACUGGCGCUCCAGCGAGUCCAAGCCCGAGUUCUUCUACAGCGAGGAGCAGCGGCUGGCGCUGGAGGCCCUGGUGGCCCGCGGCCGGGACGCCUUCUACGAGGUGCUCAAGCGGGAGAACAUCCGAGACUUCCUCUCGGAGCUGGAGCUCAAGCGCAUCCUGGAGACCAUUGAGGUGUACGACCCGGGCUCUGAGGACCCUCGGGGCACGGGCCCCUCUCAGGGGCCCGAGGACAAUGGGGUCGGCGACGGCGAGGAAGCCAGCGGGGCGGAUGGGGUCCCCACCGAGGCCGAGCCGCUGCCCUCCCUGGAGUACUGGCCCCAGAAGUCGGACCGCUCCAUCCCGCAGCUGGACCUGGGCUGGCCGGACACCAUCGCCUACCGCGGCGUGACCCGGGCCAGCGUCUACAUGCAGCCCCCCAUAGACGGGCAGGCCCACAUCAAAGAGGUGGUGCGGAAGAUGAUCAGCCAGGCACAGAAGGUGAUAGCUGUGGUUAUGGACAUGUUCACCGACGUGGACAUCUUCAAGGACCUGCUGGACGCCGGCUUCAAGAGGAAAGUGGCCGUGUACAUCAUCGUGGAUGAGAGUAACGUCAAGUACUUCCUGCACAUGUGUGAGCGGGCCCGCAUGCACCUGGGGCACCUCAAGAAUCUCAGAGUGCGGAGCAGCGGGGGAACCGAGUUCUUCACGCGGUCGGCAACCAAGUUCAAGGGUGCCCUGGCCCAGAAGUUCAUGUUUGUGGAUGGAGACCGGGCUGUGUGCGGCUCCUACAGCUUCACGUGGUCAGCCGCGCGGACGGACCGGAAUGUGAUCUCCGUGCUGUCUGGCCAGGUGGUGGAGAUGUUCGACCGGCAGUUCCAGGAGCUGUACCUCAUGUCACACAGUGUGAGCCUCAAGGGCAUCCCUAUGGAGAAGGAGCCAGAGCCGGAGCCUAUCGUGCUGCCCUCUGUGGUCCCCCUGGUGCCCGCGGGCACUGUGGCCAAGAAGCUCGUCAACCCCAAGUACGCACUUGUCAAGGCCAAGAGCGUCGACGAGAUUGCCAAGAUCUCCUCUGAGAAGCAGGAGACCAAGAAGCCCCUGGGGCUGAAAGGCCCAGCGCUGGCCGAGCAUCCAGGGGACCUCCCUGAGCUGCUGCCACCCAUCCACCCAGGACUGCUCCACCUGGAGAGGGCCAACAUGUUUGAGUACCUGCCCACGUGGGUGGAGCCAGACCCGGAGCCUGGCAGCGACAUCCUGGGCUACAUCAAUAUCAUCGACCCCAACAUCUGGAACCCCCAGCCCAGCCAGAUGAACCGCAUCAAGAUCCGUGACACCUCCCAGGCCAGCGCCCAGCACCAGCUGUGGAAGCAGAGCCAGGACAGCAGGCCCCGUCCAGAGCCUUGCCCUCCCCCAGAGCCCAGUGCCCCCCAGGACAGUGUCCCAGCUGAGAACGGCCUCCCCCAGGGGGACCCUGAGCCAUUGCCCCCUGUGCCCAAGCCCCGGACAGUCCCUGUGGCAGAUGUACUAGUCCAGGACAGCAGUGAUAUUGGCUGGGUCCUGGAGCUCCCCAAAGAGGAGGCUCCCCAGAAUGGGACAGACCACAGUCUACCCAGGAUGGCAGGCCCAGGCCACGCCCCACUCCAGCGGCAGCUAUCUGUGACCCAGGAUGACCCCGACAGCCUUGGGGUGGGGUUCCCCAAUGGGCUGGAUGGGGCGGAAGAAGAAGAUGAUGACGACUACGUAACCCUCAGUGACCAGGACAGCCACUCAGGCAGCUCCGGCCGUGGCCCUGGCCCCCGACGGCCCUCAGUGGCCUCCUCUGUGUCAGAGGAAUACUUCGAGGUGAGAGAGCACUCAGUCCCUCUCCGGAGGCGCCACUCAGAGCAAGUGGCCAACGGGCCAACCCCACCACCGCGCCGGCAGCUGAGUGCCCCCCAUAUAACCCGAGGGACCUUUGUUGGACCCCAGGGUGGCUCCCCGUGGGCCCAGAGUCGGGGGAGAGAAGAAAAAGAUACGUCGAAGAGGAUGAUGCAGGCCCAGCGCUCCACAGACAAGGAGGCACAGGGCCAGCAGUUUCAUCAUCACAGGGUCCCUGCCUCAGGGACUAGGGAUAAAGACGGCUUCCCAGGACCCCCUAGGUACCGCUCUGCUGCUGACGGCGUCCAGAGCUCUACCAGAAACACUGGCCCAGCCAUGGCCGGCCCCCACCACUGGCAGGCCAAGGGAGGCCAGGUACCCCGCCUGCUCCUGGAUCCUGGCAGCCCAAGACUGGCCCAAAAUGCCCACCCCGUGACCGAUGGCAGGGCCACCGAGGAGCAUCCGAGUCCCUUUGGAAUCCCAUACUCCAAACUGUCUCAGUCGAAGCACCUGAAGGCCAGGACGGGUGGUAGCCAGUGGGCCUCAUCCGACUCUAAACGGAGGGCUCAAGCCCCCCGGGACCGCAAAGACCCCUAGCAGCAUGUCCCAGCCUGGAGCCACACCUUCUGAGGCCCCAGCCCAGACUCAUGAUGCGGAGGGCAGAGGGGCCGCCUGCGCCUACCAGAGCCCACUGGGACGGCAGGAAGGUGGGAUGGGCGGGAGACGUUGGCACUCACCUGGUCGGUGCACCAGUACCAGGUGGCCAUGAUGGUCAGGCCAAAGGUCAUCCCGGUCCACGGCAGGUCCCCUGUGUGGGGGUCUCGAAACAUGUGCAUGGCGUCUGUACGCGGCAGGUGGCAGGUGGUGUUGGCAAUGGUCCUGGAGGGAAUGGCCCGGGCGUAGGCUGCCUCCAGCUGCCCGUAACCACCGAUCUGGUCAAAAGCUGGAGGGGUCAGGGUGGAACAGGGACAGUUUGGUGGUUGGGGGAUCCCUGACUCCCUGGGCUCCCCCUGCCUUCAUCUCACAAGAAACUUCCUGAUGCAUCAAACUUGAGUUUUUUUCCACCUCAUCUUUCCCAGUGUUUGGAAAGGUGUGAGGGUAGAGGGUUUUUUUUUUAAAGGUGUAUUUGAAUAACUAUUUUAUUUGUAUUUAAAAUAAUACUAUUAAGUAAGCAUUUUGCACAUGGGCACCCCAGUGUCCCGCUGGCCCAGCAGGAGUCACUGUUGGCCUCUGGACACUCAUCGGCCUUGGGCAAGGGGUUCUCAGCCAGGUUUCUGAUUGUCGAUUCAAGGAAGCAAAAGUAAUUUUUCUUGACAUUUGAGGACCUUCCUGAGGCUUCUAAAGUGUUCAUCCUGAUCACCUGAAGGGUGUGAUUUUAGCAGAGCUGCGAGUGGCUGGUGGUGAUGUGGCCCCACCCCCUGAGGCACAGAGAAGAGGGAGACAGAGGUCCAGAGAGGGAUGGGGCCUCCACCAAGACCACAUAGCCAUCUGGCGGGCUCAAGCCGGGGCCUUUUCCUCUCCAGUCCAGAACACCUCACUGUUCCUGUCUACCUCGGGAUCAGGGCCCGGCAUGGCCAAGCCCUGGCCCAUCUGUGUCUGUGUCACUCCACCCCCUUCCAGACUGGGCCUGGCUGCUGGGAUCCCUCUUAUGCAGUGGGUCCCAGGGACACUAGAGCCCCUGGUCUGAGAGGGAGAAGCCUGGAUGUAGGAAAACCAGUUUCCACCCCAGGCCCCACUCCCUAGCCUUCUCCAAGUGGGACAUGGAAGAGGCAGCCUGCUGCCUGGAUGCUGGUCUCCCCAGCAUCACUGUUCCCAUGGAGCUCAGGUCAGGCUCUGUAUUCAGACCGAGGGUUUGUGUGAGGCUCAGAGCAAAUGAACAAGUGCCAUUCAAGGGUUAGAAACUGCUCAACCACAGGGUCCCAGUGUCUGAGUCUGGAAGAGUCUUUAGAGAUUUGUUCACUCUUUGAGGGAUCCUCCUGGCUCUGCUUACAUACUUCCAGGGACGGUGAGCUCACUCUCUCCGGGCAGCCCUGUGAGUUUCCUAUCUGUUUCAGACUAGUAUCGCCAGUCUCUCCCACCUCUCUUCUUUCCUCCCUGGCCUUUGUCCUGCAGGAGGUAGCAUCACCUCUUGGUAUUUUGUACAUGCUUUUAAACAAUUGGAGGAGCUGCCCAGGCAGUUUUGUGGUCUCCUGGUUGUGUGCCUUCACACCUGCCUACAGCCCCACCUCACCAUCAAGCACUGAGCCAAUGCGGGUGUGGCUGGCCCUGAGUUCCUGAGUCAGCUCCUUGCCAGGGCCAGAGCUGGUAACAGCGGGGCAGCAGGGUGGGCAGCCUCUACCAGCCAGGGCAGUCCCUGCGGGGCCAGCAGGGGGGCUGACUGCCUAGUGUCUCAACCUUCUGAACCCACCCCCCCCCAGCGAUGCUACCCAGAGCCCCAACAGCAUGAAUCCUGCAGAGUGCCGGGCAGUGCCAGACUCCAAAGGGCUCGCUGUGGGGACAGCCCCGCCAUGGCCACAGACUCUGUCCUCACCUUUGAUUGUCAGGAUGACAGCCCCCACCACCAUGAUGAGCGUCUGCAGGGUGUCCGUGUAGAUUACAGCAGCCAGGCCCCCUGCCAGUGGAAGCAAGUUUGCUGGAGGGGGCCCUGGCCCCAGGGAGGAGGGACACGGGGAGGAACUUCUGGGGCUCCUGCUGGGGCCACUUCCUGGGCUGCUCCCUCAGGCCUGUAGGGGGAGGUGGCCUUCUGACCCCUUUACAUGUCCCCUGGGUGGACCUCCCUGCUGCAGGCGCCAUACCUGCAAUGGUGUACAGGGCUGUGAUGCCGAGCGUGAGGAUGGUGGAGAGGUAGAAGUUCCAGCCCAGGCAGAUGUGCACAAACAGAGCCCCUGCGUACAGGUCCAGCUGCGGAGGGAGAGACCCUUGUGUGGGCGGCUGAAGUCGCUGUUAGACCCAGGGCUCCAGCAAGCCACUCCCUGGGUGACCUCGGGCAAGGCCCUCUCUGGGCCUUGGUGGCCUGUGGAUGAGGAGGGGAGACCCCCACUCACCUGCCUACCUGCAUCACAGGGCCAUUGUGAGGUUGGGGGAAGAACUGGCCGUGGAGCUACAAGCUUGUGUGGAUGUCAGGGGACAUUACUGUUACUAAUAAAGUCCAAAGUGGCCAAUGCCCUUCCCAAAA